AUGUCAUCUAAACCUUCAAAAGUUUACUCAAUAUCUAGAGUAUAUGCCGAUGUAAAUAAUCAAAAACCAAGUGAGUAUUGGGAUUAUGAAAAUCAUAAAAUUCGGUGGGGAGAAAUUAAAAAUUAUGAAAUUGUAACUAAAAUUGGUCGAGGUAAAUAUUCUGAAGUUUUUCAAGGUAUAAAUGAUUUAAAUGAUGAGCCUUGCGUUAUAAAAGUUUUAAAACCAGUAAAGUUAAAAAAAAUAUAUCGAGAAGUUAAAAUUUUACAAAAUUUAACUGGGGGUCCCAACAUUAUAGGUUUAUUAGAUGUUGUAAAAGAUGAACAAAGUAAAAUCCCUGCUUUGAUAUUUGAAAGAGUCAAUAAUGUUGAUUUUAGAAUUUUAUAUCCUAAAUUUACUAUCAAAGAUAUUCAAUAUUAUUUUACUCAAUUAUUAAUUGCAUUAGAUCAUUCACAUUCAAUGGGUAUAAUACAUCGAGAUGUAAAGCCCCAAAAUAUAAUGAUUGAUCCAACAAAGAAAAAAUUAAAAUUAAUUGAUUGGGGAUUAGCUGAAUUUUAUCACUCUGGUAUGGAUUAUAAUGUAAGAGUUGCAAGUAGAUAUCAUAAAGGUCCAGAAUUAUUAAUAAAUUUACAACAAUAUGAUUAUUCAUUAGAUUUAUGGUCUGUUGGUUGUAUGUUGGGUGCUAUAAUUUUUAAAAAAGAACCUUUAUUUAGAGGUGAUUCAAAUAAUGAUCAGUUGGUUCAAAUUGCUAAAGUUUUAGGUACUCAAGAUUUAAUGAAAUAUGUUAAAAAAUACGGGAUUAAAUUAAGUUCAGAUUAUGAUGAUAUUCUAGGUAAUUAUCCAAGAAAAUCUUGGAAAACUUUUAUCAAUAAUGAUAAUAAAUAUUUAAUAAGUGAUGAAGUUUUAGAUUUAAUUGAUAAAUUGUUGACAUAUGAUCAUCAAUUAAGACCAACUGCAAAAGAAGCAAUGGAACAUCCAUUUUUUAAAAUAUGA